UACCCUUUCAAAGGGUCCCACCAGACAUCCAGGAAGAAUAAAACACCAUCUAUUCCAAACACCCACCUGGCUUCUUAUCCCAAGUGACUUUUUGGGGUGCUACCAUGGCCAAAUUGUCGUCAGGAGCAAGAAAACAAUUUAUAACGCUCGUUCAGGAACUUGUUAACCAUUAACACGUUCUUCAAGGCCAAUUGUCUGGGAGAAAAUAAGAAGCGCAGACUCGACAGUUACUAUGUCACCACUCCUGACAGAAGAGACGAGAGAGGCCCUCGCUUUUUUGCCAUCAUUUGUUUCGCGGCACGUCAGACGAUGGGUGAGCCUAAACUGCGAGACUAUGAUAGCGUCACGUCCUUUUUGGGAUCGUGGGGAAGCUUCCAGCGUCGGAUUUUCUUGGCCUUGGCCAUCAGUAUCUACCCCAACGGCUUCAUCGGUAUCUACAUCAUAUUUGUCGCCGACACGCCGUCCCACCACUGUUACGUUCCCGAGGACGCCAACAUCAGCCAGGCGUGGAGAAACGUGACCAUCCCGACGGAGACGGUGGAUGGCGUGGCCAGGCUCAGCUCUUGUGCCAGGCUCAACCUGGAGAUGGUCAAGAACUACUCUCAGAACGGCGCCGUGCCGGACGUGGAGGUGGACGUGGCCGGGAUUCCUUUAGAAGCCUGCAGAGACGGCUGGACGUACAGCCGAGACACCUAUCAGUCGACCAUUGCCACCGAGUGGGAUCUGGUUUGCGAGGACGCACACAAAAUCCCUUUGUCCACCUCUAUCCACUACCUGGGCGUGCUGGUGGGAGCGUUUCUUUCGGGCCAGUUGUCGGACAGAUACGGAAGGAAGCCAGCGCUAUUCACCAUGAUGGUCCUCCAGACAGUGGGCAUAACGGCGCAGAUCUUCUCAAACAGUUGGGAGAUCUUCACAUUCAUCUACUUCCUGGUCGGUGCUGGCGGGUUCUCCAAUUACAUCAUCGCCUUUGUGCUGGGAACAGAAAUUCUGAGCCCCAAAGCCCGCGUGGUCUUCUGCUCCCUGGGAGUUUUCAUGAGCUCGGCCAUAGGCUACAUGCUCAUGCCACCCGUGGCAUACUUCCUGCGCUCCUGGCGGAUGCUGCUGAUCCCCAUGGCCGCCUGUGGACUGAUCUACAUCCCCCUGUGGUGGUUCAUACCCGAGUCGCCACGCUGGCUGCUGUCCCAGGGCCGAGUGGCGGAGGCCGAGAGCAUCCUGAUGGACGCUGCCAGGAUGAAUAAGAUUACCCCGCCCAAGGCCAUUUUCACAGAGGCUGAGAUUGAGGAUGCAAUGCUGUUGAAAGACAAGAAAUACAACAUUGGCUCCAUCUUGCGCAACUGCAACAUAUUCACCAUCAACCUGUUGUGUUCAAUUCUGUGGUUCGUCAUCACCAUCAGCUACUACGCGUUGAUCCUCAACACGUCCAACCUUCACGGAGACCCGUACCUCAACUGCUUCCUGUCGGCGGUGACGGAAGUUCCCGCCUACCUGAUCGCUCUGUUACUGCUGCACUUUUGCUACCGCCGCCUAUGCCAGUCGACCACGCUAAUGAUGGGCGGAGUCAUGAUCCUGUGCGUGCACCUCAUUCCCAUAGAUCUUCCGUGGGUGGCCGUGCUGCUGGAGAUGCUGGGCAAAUUCGGCGUGACGGCAGCCUUCUGCAUCGUGUACGCCGUCACGUCCGAGCUCUUCCCCACCGUCAUCAGGAACACGGCCAUGGGCUGCUGCUCCAUGGCGGCUCGAGUGGGGACCAUCCUCUCGCCCUUCAUCAUCUACCUCGGUCAAUAUUACAAGGCGCUGCCAUACAUCCUGAUGGGAGCUUUGGCCAUUUGCGGAGCCUUCAUCGCUCUCCUGCUGCCGGAGUCGUUUGGGAAGCCUUUGCCGGAGACCCUAGCGCAGAUGCAGUCCAUAUACAGACGAAAAGGUCCAGAGAAAAAGGAAGCGGAGGACGCUGACGCACGGGCUUGUCAGAGUAAAGAAUCCAAGUUGUAGUCAA